AUGCACCAAGUCCUCUACCCGCAACCUUACACUCACAGUCAUCCACCUGGCCUUUACCCUAAACCUUACAUCCACAGUCAUCCUCCUGGCCUCUACUCUAAACCUUACACCCACAGUCAUCCACUUGGCCUCUACCUGCAACCUUACACCCACAGUCAUGCACCAAGUCCUCUACCUUCAUCCACUUGGCCUUUACCUGCAACCUUACACCCACAGUCAUGCACCAAGUCCUCUUCCCGCAACAAUACUCCCACCGUCAUCCCCUUAGCCUCUAUCCACAACCUUGCACCCACAGUCCCUACUCUAAACUUUACACCCACAAUCAUCAACCUGGCCUCUACCCACAACCUUACACCCACAGUCAUCCAUCUGGCCACUACCCACAAACUUACACCCACAGUCAUCCAUCUGGCCUCUACCUUAAAACUUACACUCACAAUCAUCCACCUGGCCUCUACCCUAAACCUUACACCCACAUUUAUCCACUUGGCCUCUGCCUGCAACCUUACUCCCACAGUCAUCCACUUAGCCUCUAUCCGCAACCUUACACACACAGUCAUCCAACUGGCCUCUACCCAAAACCUUACACCCAGUCAUCCACCUGGACUCUCCCCACAACCUUGCACCCACAGACAUCCACCUGGCCUCUACCUGACACCAUACACCCACAAUCAUCCACCUGGCCUCUACCCUUAA